AUGAGGAACUCCGAUGCUCGUCUCGCAGUGGAUCGAUCGGGGGAACGGGAAUCUGCUCCGUGGCAGAUCGAAACUGAAGUCGUUCGGAACGAUUUUGUGAAGUAUCAUCCCACGACGGCUUAUUACUCGGACAAGGACCAGCUUGAACACAAGUAUGUAGCACACGAGAACCAGAACAUGCGGCUAGUAGCCAAGACGCCAGGCACAUCGGAAGCGGACUCGGACUACAAGGGGCAAUACAGGAUUUGGCCAGGUUUGCUGCUGCUGUUUGUACUUGUCGUGGGCUUCCUAGUCCUUCUCACGACAGGAGCGGUAAGUACUUACGAAGCACGCACAGCAAGAGCGAUGAAAUACGAGCAGCGAGUAGUCAGAAAACGCUCGAUCAAGGACGGCAAGAUGGAUGAGAACAUGAUCGUUUCGGAUGACGGUCAGUUGGGCAACCCGAAGUCGUACGACACCAGCUUCACCUGCGAGAUGCCUGACUACCAGAGCAAGGGUGGUCAGAUUGUAGCAGUUGCUGCGAAUGGCACCGAAGUGCCAAUCCAGAUUAAAGGUGUGAACUGGUUCGGUAUGGAGACAGCGCUGGCCGUCCCGUUCGGACUUUGGGAGAACGCUGAUAACGGAACUACAGCGCACGAGAUUGCCGCGUUCUUAGCGCGAAACAACUUCAACGCCGUGAGAUUGCCAGUGUCGGUGGAGAACAUGCUGAAGAGCAACGCGCCUCAAAAGGGCGUGAUCAACUUGUCGAGCAAUCGUGCAAUAAAUGGUACAAACUUCAUCUCGACACUGCAGACGCUCGUUAAGUCGCUCGCUUACCGCAAAAUCGGUGUACUAAUCAGCAUGCACCGACUGACUAACACGAAAUCGGGUGCGACGUGGUUCGACGAAGCUCUGGACGUGACGCAACAGGAUUUUCUGGAUGCAGUGGACAUUGUGUCGUCCAACCUCUGCGGACAGGAAUACUGGAACGUCAUGGGGAUGGAUUUGAAAAAUGAACCUGAAGUUGCGACGUGGGGAACUGGUGACGACGACGAUUUUGUCAUGGGCUGCGAAAAAAUUGCGAAGGUCAUGCAUGGCAACUGCCCGCAGUGGCUUGGGUUUGUCGAGGGUGUGGUGGCUACACACACUGCCACGAUUGGUGGCGAAGAGCAGGUUUACUACGACUGGUGGGGUGGUGGGUUACAGAAGGCAGGAGCUAUUGAACCCAAGUUCACUAUCGAUAACAAGGUCGUGUGGGCUCCUCACUACUAUACUAGUGCUGUCGCACCCCAGCAGUACUUCUACGGUAAUGGCACGACGUCCGACUUUUCGACGUAUGUGGAGCUGUCUGAUGAAGAGCUUCUUGUCCGUGUGGAGGACACGAUGUACGACAUGUUUGGUUUCUUGGUAGAAAAGAAGGGCUACGCUCUGCUACUUGGCGAGUUUGCGGGAUUGUACGCUAAGGACGAGCAUCCGAAAAAGACAACGAAGCGCACCACAGAUUUGACAGUCCAAGUGCUGAUGGAGAAAGAGUACGCUGGUGGAUUCAUGUGGUCGCUAAAUCCGGAGAGCGCGUACCAGUACAAUCCAGCUGACACGGAGGGGUCGUUCACGGAAGGCAUGUUGCUGGACGACUGGUUGUCUCCGAACACCGAAUUUCUCGAUGCAUUUACACCCUUGGAUGCUCUACCGUACCUGCGAAAGUUCCCGUGCUUUCUCGUUGAGGAGGACGCAGGUAGUAAGCGCCAGUAG